AUGGCUCCCACGAACACAGGCCCAUCCUCCGGCCCCCUACCGACAACCACCGACUUCAACACAAUCUACAACCGCAUCGCCCUCGCCUCGGCCAAGCAAGCCAGCUUCCUCACAUCCAUGCGCGCAAAGUACCCGAGCCUUCAGCGCCCCUCCGCCUCAUCCUCCACCGCGGCGUCCAGCGCAGGCUUCUCCGUCCCUUCAACCGCGACGAACACCGGCGCCGGCCUGACAAAGGCCCAGAUCCGCGCGGCGCGCGAGGACGACGCGGCGCUGCGCUUCGAGCCCGUCAAUGCAGGGUUGGGAUACAGGCCGUCCAAGGCCGAGACGGAGACGGACGCGGCGACGAGGGAGCUCGGACGGAAAUUGCUGGGCAAGAGAGGCAGGGAGCAACAGCAGCGGGGUCAGGACGCCAGGAGAAGGGUCGUCGUCGAGGAGAGCGACGAUGACGAGGGCAGAAGCGGGGUUGGUCGACGGAAGCGAGCGAGGGUUGUGCCGCGGGCUGAGGUACGAGACGAGGGAGAAGGCGACGCUGCUGGGGAUCAGGGCAUGGAUGAUGGAGAGCCGGACACGGCGACCAGUGUUGCGGAAGUCGAGGCCGAACCCGUGGCAGAGCCGCCAAUGUUGACGGAAGCCGUGGCUGAGAUGAACAAUGGGGUGCAGAGCAAGAAGAAAAAGAAAAAGUCGAAGAACAAGACGAAGACGGAAGCGGAAUAG